CUCCGGGGCGGCCUCGCCCGCCGUCGCGGCGUGGGGCGCUCCCCGCCGGCUGUCACUUCACCUCCUCCCUGGCCGGGCCGGGAGCGGCGGCGCUGCCCCGCACGGUGCCCGGCCGCCCUCACUGCGCCUUUAGUCCGGCCGCGCGGUACCGGGCCCGGGCUCGCUGGUCUCACUGUGGUACUGGCGGAGCUGCCCGGACGGGACGGUGCUGCUGCGCUGCAGCAUCCUUGCGGCGUGCCCAGCCCGCGGGAUGGAGGGGGCCCCUCGCUUCGGCAGGAGCAGGGAGUGACUCCGAGCGGAGCUCCUCCGGGGCAGGGGCAGGUUGGCAAGUGUCAGUCCCGUCCUAACUUCACGGUGUGGGUGUUAAACAGAUCAAACCUGUGGGCGUGCUGCUCCUUUGCUCUUAGUAUCCAUCGUACUUCGUUAUCGUGCUUACAUACAACCUGUUAUUAGCCACAAGGGUGUUUAUUUUACUCAUGUGUGUGGUUGUUUUAUUUUAUUGCUAUAGGGGUUAUUAACCGAUGAAGUGAUAAGGCAGGCAGAGCUUAGCCAAGGCCAGAAGUCAGUGCCUUGUAACUGUGGAGUUAGGAAUGAAGAGGUAACUUUAUAACUGCUCCCAGUCUGUCAUGGUGUUGUCAGUCAAAUAAAAAUAGAGGUAAUUUCUGUCCCUAUUACAAGGAAAUACUUGAUAAUACUAAAUAAAGUUAAAUGAAAAUGAAGUUACAGCUGUUGCAUUCAGACUUGAUUCAUCUGCUGUGCUGUGGGAUCAGCCCAUCAUUCCCUAAAUCCUGUGAAUUCCCUAGUAAGGCCCCUACGUUCCAGUCCUGGUCACAGCUGCAAUGCACAGUUCUGUUCUGCUUCCCCAGGUGCUGUGACAAACCAGACAUUAAUGUUUCUCUUUUCUUGUCUUUUAAUGGCCUUGUAUUUCUCAGUUGCUGGUUGACUGUCUGGAAUUCAGAAGAAUACUUGCGUUGCAAUUUUUCUUGAGUGUAUUAUGCACUUUGGAACAUAAGGGAGAGAGGCUGUGCCUCCAAGUGGAAACACUUUCAACACCUUCCUUUGACUUCACAUGCUGUUAUCAGCUCUAACUUCCUCAGGUUAAUACCCAAGUGCUUCACAUGUGCUCUGCUCUGAACAAGGGAAAAACUUCAGUGUUGGUGAACAAUUGCAAAUUAAAUAGGAGGAACUUUUUUCCCUGUUAUUUCUAAAACAAACUACCAAAGGUUGCCUUGCAAUCAGCUUUGCUAAUUCUUCUAGGGAGUUAACUUUGCCAUCAGAAAUGGAGUACAGGACUCAGCUGCCACAUCCUGAGUGACUGAAUCAUUUAAUGCAAAAUGGAGAAGAAGCGGAGAAAGAAAUGAGCCUGUUCACUGGGCUUGACCUGAAAAAACCAUGAAAUCUCUACUCAUUUUGGACCCAGCUUUGAGAAUACCCAGUUGAGCAACACAGUGAAAGCGACGUUUGCUGAAACAAAAAUGAACUAGUUUAUAAGGAAGAAAAUUGUGAUUUGAAUAUAUGGAAUUUUUGGAAUGAAACCAUUUUCUUCUAUGACCAUGAGGUUUGCAAACAUCUGGCUUGUUCUGUUUGUUAUUUUACUCUGUGGCAAAAAACACUUUGGUACCAGAGCAGGGAAUUCCUCUCAUGAGGCUCAUGUGUGUCCUGGAUGUUCUCGUCUCACUUUGAAAGUGGAGUUCACUUCGACCGUCGUGGAGCAUGAGUAUAUUGUGGCUUUUAAUGGAUACUUCACAGCUAAAGCUCGAAGUAAAUUUAUUUCAAGUGCAUUAAAAAGUGGUGAUAUUGAGAACUGGAGGAUUGUACCUCGCAACAACCCGGCCAGUGACUAUCCGAGCGAUUUUGAAGUUAUUCAGAUCAACGAGAAGCAGAAGGAUGGAGUGCUCACACUGGAAGAUCACCCAAACAUCAAGCGUGUCACACCUCAGAGGAAGGUCUUUCGGUCACUCAAGUAUUCAGAGUCUGAUCCAGUGCUGCACUGCAAUGAGACCAGGUGGACUCAGAAGUGGCAGUCAUCACGGCCCUUGAGAAGAGCGAGUCUUUCUUUGGGCUCUGGCUUCUGGCACGCCACAGGCCGGCACUCGAGCAGGCGCCUGCUGAGAGCCAUCCCUCGCCAGGUCGCUCAGACCUUGCAGGCAGAUGUCCUCUGGCAGAUGGGUUACACAGGUGCUGGUGUGAGAGUAGCAGUGUUUGAUACUGGUCUGAGUGAGAAACAUCCACAUUUCAAGAAUGUAAAGGAGAGAACAAACUGGACUAAUGAGAGAACCUUGGAUGAUGGUUUAGGCCAUGGGACUUUUGUAGCAGGUGUGAUAGCCAGCAUGAGGGAAUGCCAGGGGUUUGCUCCAAAUGCUGAACUGCACAUUUUCAGAGUGUUCACCAAUAAUCAGGUCUCAUAUACUUCUUGGUUUCUGGAUGCUUUUAAUUAUGCAAUUUUAAAGAAGAUAGAUGUACUGAAUCUGAGUAUUGGUGGGCCAGACUUCAUGGAUCACCCGUUUGUUGACAAAGUUUGGGAGCUGACUGCCAACAAUGUCAUCAUGGUCUCUGCUAUUGGCAACGAUGGCCCUUUAUAUGGAACUCUCAAUAAUCCUGCUGACCAGAUGGAUGUGAUUGGAGUCGGUGGCAUUGACUUUGAGGAUAAUAUAGCUCGCUUUUCAUCGAGGGGAAUGACCACUUGGGAGCUGCCUGGAGGUUAUGGCAGAGUGAAGCCUGAUAUUGUUACUUAUGGCUCUGGAGUGAGAGGGUCUGGUAUGAAAGGUGGCUGCCGCUCCCUCUCUGGGACAAGUGUGGCAUCUCCUGUGGUGGCAGGUGCUGUCACUCUCUUAGUGAGCACAGUUCAGAAGCGUGAAAUGGUGAAUCCAGCAAGUAUGAAGCAGGCCCUUAUUGCAUCAGCACGGAGACUUCCUGGAGUCAACAUGUUUGAACAAGGACAUGGCAAAUUGGAUCUUCUAAGAGCUUAUCAGAUCCUCAACAGCUAUAAACCACAGGCCAGUUUGAGUCCAAGCUAUAUUGACUUGACUGAAUGUCCCUACAUGUGGCCCUAUUGUUCUCAGCCCAUAUAUUAUGGAGGGAUGCCAACUAUUGUUAAUGUUACUAUCCUUAAUGGCAUGGGAGUCACUGGGAGAAUUGUAGACAAGCCAGACUGGCAGCCCUAUCUGCCCCAAAAUGGGGAUAACAUUGAAGUGGCUUUCUCCUAUUCCCCAGUCUUGUGGCCUUGGUCUGGAUACUUGGCAAUUUCCAUCUCUGUGGCCAAGAAAGCAGCAUCUUGGGAAGGCAUUGCUCAGGGUCAUGUUAUGAUCACAAUAUCAUCCCCUGCAGAAAAUGAAUCUAAGAAUGGUGCAGAGCAGACUUCAACAGUGAAGCUUCCAAUAAAAGUGAAGAUUAUUCCUACUCCACCUCGUAGCAAGCGAGUCCUCUGGGAUCAGUACCAUAACCUCCGUUACCCACCAGGAUACUUCCCCAGGGAUAAUUUGAGGAUGAAGAAUGAUCCAUUAGAUUGGAAUGGUGACCAUAUCCAUACAAACUUCAGGGACAUGUACCAGCACCUCAGGAGCAUGGGCUACUUUGUUGAGGUUCUUGGUUCCCCAUUUACCUGUUUUGAUGCAAGUCAGUAUGGAACUUUGCUGAUGGUGGACAGUGAGGAAGAAUAUUUCCCUGAAGAGAUCACCAAGUUGAGGAGGGAUGUUGACAAUGGACUUUCACUAAUAGUCUUUAGUGACUGGUACAACACGUCUGUGAUGAGAAAAGUCAAGUUUUAUGAUGAAAACACAAGGCAGUGGUGGAUGCCUGAUACUGGAGGUGCUAAUAUACCAGCUCUCAAUGAUCUGCUUUCUGUCUGGAAUAUGGCCUUUAGUGAUGGGCUGUAUGAAGGAGAUUUUACCUUGGCAAGCCAUGAAAUGAAUUACGCGUCAGGGUGCAGUAUUGCAAAGUUCCCAGAAGAUGGCAUCGUCAUUGCACAGACCUUCAAGGAUCAAGGUCUUGAAGUUUUAAAACAGGAGACUUCUGUGAUUGAACACGUCCCAAUUCUGGGGCUGUACCAAGUUCCCUCGGAGGGCGGCGGCAGAAUUGUUCUGUAUGGCGACUCCAACUGCCUGGACGACAGCCACCGGCAGAAGGAUUGCUUUUGGCUGCUGGACUCCCUGCUGCAGUACACGUCCUACGGGGUGAUGCCGCCGAGCCUCAGCCACUCGGAGCACCGGCAGCGGCCGCCCUCGGGAGCCGGCUCCUCCCUCCCCGAGCGCAUGGAAGGUAACCAUUUGCAUCGAUACUCAAAGGUGCUCGAGGCUCAUUUGGGAGACCCUAAACCCCGGUCCCUUCCUGCUUGUCCUCACCUGUCCUGGGCCAAACCACAGCCUUUAAAUGAAACUGCCCCCAGCAACCUUUGGAAACAUCAAAAAUUACUGUCAAUUGACCUUGAUAAAGUGGCACUGCCCAGUUUUCGACAGAACCGACCCCAAGUAAGACCAUUGUCCCCUGGAGAAAGUGGAGCAUGGGACAUUCCUGGAGGUAUAAUGCCGGGCCGGUACAACCAGGACGUGGGACAGACCAUUCCUGUCUUUGCCUUUCUCGGUGCCAUGGUGGUCCUGGCCUUCUUUGUGGUGCAGAUCAACAAAGCCAAGAGCAGGCCAAAGAGACGGAAACCGCGCGUGAAGCGGCCGCAGCUGAUGCAGCAGGUUCAUCCACCAAAGACACCUUCUGUGUGAAAGCUCUGCCUUGCCAAAGAUGACCUCCUGUGGCUCCUUGCUUUCCAGGGCCAUGGAUCGCUCACAGUGGAGGUGCAGCGAGCGUGCACCUGACAUCAUCUCAUAGUCUUUGGUUUGUGGAGAGAAAAAAAGAACCUCAGCUGAUCGUCUGUACAUAAAACUGCAGCUUUAAGCAGCUGAAGCCACCAAAGACUUGAAUACUCUUGAAAUGGCUGCUUAGUCACUACGUAUCCCAAGAGGGGGAAAAUGGACCUUUUUUUUAAGCUGACCAAACUAAAUUUUAUUUGUUUAGAGGCUAUUUUCUAUAUUUAUUGUUGGGGAGGGCGGGGGAAAAGUCACUUUAAGGACCUCUGCUAAGGAAAAACAAGUGCAUUUUUUUGGAUGGAAUUCAAUUUUCUAGAAUGGUUCUAUGCUGAAGAGUAUAAUGUGCACCAUUAAAGGAGGAAGGGACUGAGAGAGACCAGUACAAAUCAGUGAGGCAUACUCCUGCAGUUUAUUUUUAUAAAGCCAACUACCAUGAUGUUUUGUAAUUUUUGGUCACGAUUUCACCGUUGUUGGUGAAGCAGAUUUUUCAAUAAAUAUGUUAUCUAUAUGAAGCAAA